UAAGGCGUUUAGAAGACUGCUCAAGUACAGUUGACUGACUUGACAUAUUUUAAAUGUGGAAGGUUGUGUGGUGCACAUUCACUGUAGGAAUUGAAAGUGUUGCGUACUGGGUACAGUUCAAUUGCUCUUGUAAUCGUAUUUAAAGCAAGCAGAUAAAUAUGCAAAAUUAUAGAUCAGUACUGGGAAGAAUCUUUUUCUGCUUAUAAGGGAAGGUUUUCGUCUUUCGACAGUAAUAGAGCCGUGGGAGCUCAGGCAUGGCUAAUUGGAAUGGAGGGUUUCUUUUUGAUUGAAGUUUCCCGAGCUUAACAUGCGACUGCCCGCGCAAGCAGAAUGUUCCUGAGCUACCAGAUCUGCCUUCAGUUUCUCCUAUAACUUGUCGACACUUUAUAUAUCUUAAGCAGUCUCAACUGACACUUUAAUAGCAGAUUUAACAGGUUCCAAUUUAUAAAGGGGUAUAAUAUGGCCAGCAGUACUAGUAGUUCAUGUCCAUCGAAAGAGUCUUUUGAAUAUGAGUUGCUUGAUAAAGAUGCAGAAAACCUUAAGACUGUUUCAGCACUGCCCAUUCAAUCUAGUCCUUGGAUUGAUCCUGAAGUCUUAAAGCUUACACAUAGAAUUGGAAGGGGCCCUUUCGGUGAUGUGUGGAUAGCAACGCUUCAUCAUUUUACAGAUGACUGUGGUGAUUACAGUGGUAAUUAUCGUGAAGUGGCGGUUAAGAUGUUAAAUUUUGUAAGUGAAGAACAAAUUCAGCCUUUGAUGAAAAAAUUUGAGAGCACAUUUUACAAGUGUCAGGGCACACAUGUAUGUCAGCUAUAUGGUAUAUCUGUAAAAAAUGGCAAGAUUUGCAUAGUUAUGAAGUUUUAUGAAGGCUCUGUGGGAGGAAAAAUGGCUCAUCUCAAAGGAGAUCGACUUCCCUUACCAGAUAUCCUAAGGUAUAGUGUGGAUGUGGCACAGGGUGUGAUGGAGCUUCAUUCUCAAGGGGUCCUAGUUCUUAAUCUUAAACCUUUCAAUUUCCUCUGUGAUGAACAAGAUCAAGCAGUUGUAGGAGACUUUGGAAUUCCAAUGCUACUUCUAGGAAUCCCGUUGUCAAAGUCUGAUUUGACACUAAGGUUAGGCACACCAAAUUAUAUGGCACCUGAACAAUGGGGAGCAGAUGUAAGAGGUCCAGUUUCGUUUGAAACAGAUAGCUGGGGAUUUGGCUGUAGCAUUGUAGAGAUGUUCACAGGAGUCAUGCCUUGGUUUGCGAAGUCAGCAGAGGAAAUUUAUACUGCAGUUGUAAUUAGACAAGAAAAGCCUAAAGUUCCCAGUGGAUUGCCUUGUGCCAUUGAAAAUGUUGUCAAAGGUUGCUUUGAAUAUGAUUUUCGAAGUCGGCCAUCAUUUGCAGAUAUUCUUUUUGCAUUAAAAAACCCAAAUGCAACUUUUGGAAAUAGUGGAUGGAUUUGUGCUAGAGACAAGCUAGAGGGAAAAGGAAAUGAUGUGCAGAACUGCAACUGGUUAUUUUUGAAGGACAAGCUUCAAGUUGGGGAUUAUGUGCGGUCAAGAAAGGACACCAGUUUGAUCAAAUUUGGGGAUAUGAGCACUGUGGAAGGGACAAUAGUUGGAAUGGAUAGUGAUAUGUAUAUGCUUGUGGGCGUACAUGGCUUGCAUGACCCCUUGAGGAUACAUGCCUCUAAUUUAGAGAGAGUUUCUUUAGGCUUUGCCGCUGGAGAUUGGGUUCGACUGCAUAUGUUAAGUUUGCAGGGUUCAAGUUCUGGGAAGAAACAAUCUCCAGUGGGUAUUUUACACUCAGUAAGCCGUGAUGAGAAAGUUGAAGUGGCUUUUCUAGGUUUUGAGACACUUUGGACAGGAAGUUGUUCUGAGCUCCAGAUGGCUGAGUCUUUUUCUGUUGGGCAGUUUGUGAGAAUUAAAGUUGCUAUUUCAUCUCCUAGAUUUCAGUGGCCUCGCAAAGAAAAUGCAUGGGACACAGGCAGGAUUUCAUGGAUUUUUCCAAAUGGGUGUCUUCUUGUGAAGUUUCCUGGCCGUCUCUUUGGAAAUGUACCUUGCUUGGCAGAUCCAGCUGAGGUAGAACUUGUACAAUUCCAUACUUGUGUUAGUAUGGUAGAAAAAUUUGAUCAUCUGAAAGCUGUGCACUGGGCAGUGCAACCUGUGAUUUUUACUCUGGGUUUCUUGACUGUGUUGAAACUUGGGAUGCUUGUGGGAAGUAUUGGUUCCAAAGUAGUGGGAAGAAAGAAAAAACAGGGAGGUCAAAAGUCCAUGGAUGCCCAAACUGCAGGACAGGAUCCUAAUAAUCCUGGUAAUGCUCGCUGGCAUCCACCUUCAGUGGCUAAAUUUUUUUUCAAAGAAGGGGUGACUACUGCACGGUAGCUAAUGAUUGCUUUCUCUGUUUAUACUUUUGUUUUUGAAAAUUGUAAACUUUUGUUGUGGAGAUAUGUACAUAAUCAUUUGUAAAGCCAUUUCAAAAUCUGUAUCCUAUUUAAACUUACAUGUGCAAUAUAACCAUUGUUUCUGCUGUA